UUCACGUCGGAUGAACUUGGCGGUACUUAUAUUUCUUUUUUCCUGCGAGGACAAACUAUUUUCUGGCACUGUUACGUAGCAUCGGGUCUAGUACGGUUGGGCAGCGUGGGCGAGGCCCCAUCGAAGGACCGUCAGGGGCACGCGUAGGCACAUUUCGAAGUGGGAUCACGGAUCGUGGGAGAAGGGACUUUCCUUGUAUCCAGUGCCGCGUUCGUCUCAUCAUACGCUGGCAGCCGGUCAAUAGGUUUGGUCGAUACUCCGUCAUCCGUUUCGUUCGAGAAACAGCUUAUCGGUAGGAAAAAGCUUCGCUGUAAAUCAUCAAAGGAUAUGGACAAGUCGCAGACCGCAGUUCUGCUUGUUUCACUGAUCGCGGUCGUGAACGGUGGAUACUAUCAAUCAAGGAUAUUGUCGCCGGCUAACAUAGGUAACGAUCCAUGUUGUGAGUCAUACACUUGCGGAGUUAACGCGAGAUGUACAAUAAGCGAAGGCCGACCAGUGUGUUCCUGCAUGAAUUUGCACAUGGGAGACCCUCUUUCGCGUUGCGUUAGAGUAGAAUGCUUGAUCAACGAAGAUUGCAUCGGGAGCAGAGUGUGCACGAACAACAGGUGCAUAAAUCCGUGCGACGGAUUGUGUGGCGUGAACGCGUUAUGUGAGACCAAAAAUCAUAUUCCAACGUGUUAUUGUCCAUCUGGUCACACCGGCGAUCCUUUCACCUCUUGCCGCAUCGCUGACCCUCAGGCCGCCUGUAAGCCGAGUCCGUGCGGAGUCAACACAAAAUGCGAGGUCGUCAACGAGAUCCCGGUCUGCAGUUGCCUUCCGGGUUUCCGAGGAUCUCCCUUGACCGGCUGCCGCCACGAAUGCGAAAGUGACGACGAAUGCCCUAAUCAUCUUGCCUGCUCGACGAAUUUCAAAUGCGAAAGUCCGUGCAAAUGCGGCGCGAACGCCGAAUGUCAAGUCGUCAAUCAUCUGGCGAAAUGCACUUGCCCGAACAAUUGGUUGGGAAAUCCUUUCGUCUCUUGCCGUCCGGAGUGCACCACGCAUUCGGAAUGUCCAGGCAACAAACCGGCCUGUCUCUACCAGAAGUGCGUGAAUCCCUGCGACGGAGUGUGCGGCGUGAACUCGGACUGCAAUCUGCGUGGCAUUACUCCGGUCUGCAGCUGCCCGAGGCAUAUGACUGGCAAUCCCUUCGUCAGCUGUAGACUGUUCGAAGCGCGUGAUCUGUGCGAGCCGAAUCCCUGCGGCGCGAACGCGAUCUGCACUCCGGGUCACGACAACACCGGAAAGGAGAGGCCGGUGUGCACCUGUCCCACUGGUUACAGAGGCAACGCGUUGACCAGUUGUCAACGAGGCGAGUGUUUCACCGACAGCGAGUGUCCGGACAACAAGGCGUGCAUCGACUUCAAUUGCCAGAAUCCUUGCACCGGGAAGGAGUGCGGACCGACCGCCGAGUGCACGCCCAGGAGGCACAUCGCGGUGUGCACGUGUCCCGACGGAACCCGGGGAGAUGCUCUUUACACUUGCAAUCCGAUCGACAGCAGAUCGGUGUACAAUUAUGGCCGGGCUUAUCGGUAUCGCUACUAUUGAUUAAGAGCCGUUGGGGACAAUGUAGUACGCGCUUUUAUAUCGUGACCAUAUUAAUUUUAUUAACAGCGUUAAUUGUGUACAUAACAAAAUGUAAUAUAUAUGCGAUCCUCUGGCUCCAUUUCCCAUAGACAGAUACCUCUAUUAUUACGCGAUUAUUUGUAUCGGAUUAUACUUAUGACGUAUACGUGUAUAAAAACAAUUGGUAAUUAA